AUGGCGUUGUGGGUGGACAAGUAUCGACCGAAGCAAUUGCUCGGAAAAGAAGGCGUCACAUAUCAUCUGGAGCAGGCGAACCAUCUCAAGUUGCUCACGGACAACUGCAUGCCGCACCUUCUGUUCUGCGGGCCGAGCGGCGCCGGAAAAAAGACUCGCAUCAAGUGCCUUUUGAGGUUGGAAAGAUCUGGUCCCGUUCAAUUAUUCAUAUUUGCAGAGAGCUCUACGGAGUGGGAGUCGAUAAAACUCAGCUGGUGAUGAAGGCGUUCACGACGCAGUCGAACAGAAAGCUCGAGAUCCAAACGGUCACGAGCAAUUACCACGUGGAGAUGACACCGUCGGACGUCGGCAUCUACGACCGAGUCGUCGUUCAGGAUCUAGUGAAGGAAAUGGCUCAGACCGCGCAAAUCGACGCUACUGCCCAGAAGUCGUUCAAAGUCGUCGUGCUGUGCGAGGCGGACUCGCUGACUCGUGACGCCCAGCACGCUCUCCGCAGAACCAUGGAAAAGUAUGCGAACAACUGCAAAAUUGUGCUGAGUUGCGAGACGCUCUCCCGUAUUAUCGAUCCGCUGCAGUCCCGUUGCAUCGUCGUCAACGUGCCCUCUCCAAGCGAUUCGGAAAUGAAAACGGUGCUGGGCAACAUCAUUCAGAAGGAGAACUUCCCCAUUCCGGCUAGCGUCCUCCAAAAGAUUGUCGAGAAAGCGGACGGAAAUCUGCGGAAGGCUAUUCUGAUGACAGAAGCGAUGAAAAUGGAAAACGAGAACGGAGUGUCCGAGAGCACAAUAAUUCCAGUGCCAGAAUGGGAGACGUACCUCCAGGAGACCGCCCGUCUCAUUCUUCAGAAGCAGAGCCCCGAAAUGCUGCUGAAAGUGCGCGAGCGAUUAUACGAAGUGCUCUCCAGAGUUAUUCCGCCCAAUAUCAUUUUCAAAGUAUUCAAACAUCCAACCUUCCGAACCGUCUUAUUCGUUUCCAGAAACUUCUCGAGUAUCUGCUACCCCACUGUCCCGCCCCAAUUGCCCGUGAAGUCGUCAGCGAGGCGGCCAAGUUCGAGCACCGCAUUCUGCUCGGCCAGAAGCCAAUCUUCCAUCUCGAGGCAUUCGUCGCUGCUUUUAUGGAAAUUUACUUGGCUAACGCCUCCAAACGCAGAUGA